GGCCAAGGCGAUCGAAGUGCAGCGAGCGACUCCGAGCCGGCGCCUGCUAUCACGACGCGGGCCCGCCUUCGCUCAAUCGCAGUGCGCUCUCGCCUGUGCUUCUCCCCCUUAGCACUGCGCUGGCCUCCUGCCCGCAGCGCUGCUCUCCCCUCUCCACGCCAUGUAAAUCAAUGUGUUUCAUAGUCGAGCACCCUCCGUAGCUGCACACGCGCUCUCGAAAGCGCCGCUGCCGUCCUGCGCCGCCUAUGCCGCGCCCUAUCCUCAGCCUUCCAACACAUCUCGCACCGCGCUCCCCCCGCGCUCUCUCGCCAUCUGUGUACAUCAUGAUCGAGCCGACGAUGCGCUCAUUUAAUGCCCCCGAAGCACUAAAUCGCCCAUCCCGCUCCCUCAGAACACACAGCAGUCUCCGUAUCGUGUGCGAAUCCGGCACGCAUACGGCCCCCGCUUGCCUGCCGCUCCGCUAGUCCGGCGAAGCAAAACCCCGUUCGGGGCAGCGGCUGCACUGCAAAAUGACACCUCGUUCAGGAGCACUCCCGUCACAGCCCUCGCACUGGCGCGUGCGCGUUGCUUACGACGUCGUAGAGGUUGCUUAUACCUCCCAUCAGCCCGGCCGCCCGUCAAAUUGCGAAUGCCCGCACCCCCUUGCGUCGUACACGCCGCGUGAAGCGUGGAAUAUGUGCGCACAUACCGUCGCAACAUGCCCACCACACCCCUUGACACGCUUUUCUCGCCCUGGACGCGCCCGCAAGAUCGACGACUACCAGUCGUGGCCCUCGACGCCCCCACUCGACAAGCUCGGUCUAUGCUCGCAACACCCCGGCGAGUACGCUGCUACCACGCUCGAAGCCGCCGCAGACGUACUGCGCGCGGAGCGCCGUCCAUAUGCGCGCAGACACACAAAACGUCGCAGAACUCACUCAGAAUGUCCAUCCGAGACCGGCCAACACCCUCAUCAUUGCCAGGAAACCUCGCUCGUCCAGCCACAACGCUUUUCGGGGCCGCCAAGUGCGCCGAACGAGCGCACUCGACCCGGCUCCGGGCACCCCAACCAGGUCCGUGCACACCAUCUCGCAGGCCGGUCCGCGCCCCGCACACGCUUCCGGCGCGUCUGGCACGUCCACACAACACACGUCCCGCGCGCACAGCCGCGUCGCGAACGUCCUGCGCGUCGUACGUCGCCGGCAACACGGCCCCGCCGCCCGCUUGCCGCCCCUCCCGCCCUCCGCCAUCGUGUCCGGCGGGGCCAAAACCACGACGGCGCGCUCCCAUGCACCGGGGCGCAUACACCCACGCAGUUUCGCGGCGAUCCGGGCAGAAAAAAUGUGUCCCAUUUUGGGCGAUUUCAUUGGUGACGCCGGCGACGACGACAAAGGUGCCCGCGUCCCGGCCGCCCCUCCGGUCCGUUGGCCGCGCAACUUGGUAGAUAUGCUGUCAUGGACGUUCCGUAGCGUCUCCCGUUGCGUGCGGCCGCGCCCGGCAAGAGGGCGACUCGAUCUCGACGGCGGCCGAAUCGACCUCCCGUCGGCGAGCACAUCUCAACCCCGCCUCGCGAACUGCCAAAUCCCGCUCGAACAUGACAGAGGCUCUUUUGGGAAUGCUGACAUCGCUCCGAUGCGGCAACAGCGCCGCCAGCGCGUGCGGAACGGCCUUGGCGAAGCUCGCAAUCACCCCCCGCCUGCACCUCGCCGCCCUCCUCCCGUGCCAGGAUCACAUCCACGCCGCAAACGAACACCGCAGCACACUCUCCUGAACCAAGGAGCGUCCCCCCACAGAAUCUCGGCGCAGUACGACGAGGUCGAAAUCGGGCAACUGCGGGCGAUUUCAUGGGCGAUCUCUCCCACUCCAUCGCCAAAAUCCGCGUCCCGCCCGCCCCCCGCGUCCGGCGGCCGCGAAACUCGGCAGAGGCACUCCCGCGUACGUCUCGCAUCGCCCGCCGUCGGCUGCAGGCGCGCCCAACGCGUUCUCUGCUCGCGGCACGCCGGUCGACGCCGCUGGCCCGACGCCCCGCGACGCCGCCAGCGCGAACUAGCACGUCCCGCAACGCGGGCGU